UGUGAUAAGCGAACGCGACACGAACGAAAGUAUCUUUAGUUUUCGAUCAUGUUCUGCUGAGAAAUUUUGUGCGUGCGUGCGUGCGAGUGCAGUAAAUUCCUGCAGAAGUAACCGACGGAUGAACGCGUGUUUUGCAUAUCGCCUAUUGGAAGCGUGCGUGAUUCGCCGUGCCGCGUGUGUUCAUUAGAAACUGGGAUUAAAUAAUUCAGCAGUGGAGAACAAUUUCCCCAAAAGCAGUCCUCUCGAUGGAAAAUUGAUGAAAACCUCAAGUGGUGGAAAAGUUAUAGUUUUGGAAACCGGACCAGUUCCAUACACGGUGAUGGGGGUGUGCCCCCUGACGGGAGAUGCAACCACCCCAACGCUACAUACCGUCAGUUUCUGAUUUAUACGGUACAGACGAAAUAGAAUUCCUACUGGACGAAAUACGGGAUCUCGAGCCGGCCUGCUGUCAGCUAGAGGACAUUCAAGACUUUGAGAUAGCUGGCAGCAGAGCGGGGGAGCUAUCAAUCUCACUCGAAUCGCCGUUGGGCACCUGUACAUCCUGGGACUCGCACGCACAUUACCGUCAAAGGAUAGGGAACACACCGUUACCGUGGGGCGUUGCACUGCACUGCGACGCCUCACACCUAACUAGUCCCACUGGGAUCGUGAGGAUACUACUGGUGAUAUCAUCGGCAGCAUGCCUCGCUUGUGAAUGCUCGGCUGGUACCGUGCAAGUGGGAUUGUUUUUACUGCCACUGAUUGGACGACUAAGGUUGAUGGUUUUCUGUGCUCUGUUCUCACUGUUGAUCACUUGUUUGAUGUUAUUUCUGGAUAUAUCACAUAUUGCAUUAAUGUUUCCCUUCAACUGGGGAAAAUUGAAUGCAUGGAUGUACCUGACAAUCGGUUUAUUAUUUCUUGUUGGCUCGUCGCUACUAAUCCACAUGGUGUUUUUUGCUGAAGAAUUCAUGUGGGUGCCAAAGCACACCAAAGACACACUGUUCAUAUCAGCGAUACUUGGUUAUGUUUGCUCCAUCGAAGCAGCGAUCAUAGCGGCACUAACAAGAUGUCCCUCCCAGUACCGACAUGUGAUCGAUGACUACAGCGACAUGUGCUUGGAAGAGCGCGAACUGAGCCCAAUUUGUAGUCACGAGCUAACUAAUAACGUAAACAACGUUACGACCGACAUCAAUAACGCAACUAAUGCUAGCGCGAUCGAGCUAUCAAAUCACCGAAAUUACAACAACAAAAUCGAAGCAGGUGAUAGUACGGUACCAACGUGUAAUCAGAAACCUUAUAUACCAGUGAAACGUCCCGACCAAUCAUAUAAUCAACGUCCUACCUUAGGUAAUAUGCAGAAAUCGAAUCACCGUAACCGCCAGGGUUAUCACUACCAACCAAUCGCCUCAACUUCGCGGCAAAGUCCCACAUUCGUCCUGGACGACGAGGCCAUCCCGGGACCCUCGAACCGGUCACUCGACUACUCAAGUGCGUGAUAAUGGCGGUGCUGGUUCACAGUUAUGUUUUUGAUUUUUCUCGUACCGAAAAAUAGAACAAAACAUUCAUCAAAACUAACCUAGCUGUAUGCGAUUUGUGCAUAGUGUAGCAGGGAAGUUCAAAAAUUUUACAAAACUUGAUACAUUUUGUUGAAACGGGUCACAUUUGUUGAAGUCUUCUAAAGAACGACAAACGACACGAAACACCAUACCGCGUAUGUCCUCGCGUAGGUUUAAUUUAGUUCAAUUUUCACAUUAAUUUCCGUUAGGGAGUACAACCCAGAAAUGUUCGGAAAACUGAACGGCAGCAAACCGUAGUGUGUAAAUAGCGAGCGAGAAAAUAUAUAUUAAACCAAUCAAGUCCCUUUUGUAUAUACGAAAAAUUUCCACUAGAAGCAGUUCGCCGAGAACAAACCGAAAUCGGUAUCGUGGUUGAGGUAGGAGAAAGAAACAAUAAAAAGUAUAAAUUAUAUUAAUUUAGCAACCAAAAGAUUUCGUAAAGUAAUAAAUUGAUCAAGCAAAAGUAAUAAGGGUAAGCAACAGUGUAACAAGUUUUGGAUAACCAGUUAUUUCGAGCAAAUUAAAAUGUGAAGAAACACAUAGAAACAGUAUAAUUUCGUAUGGCAUUUUGUAUUGCGCAAACAGACUAGUCGCAGGUUUUAAAGCGAAUUCAAUUGUAGAUAUUACGAAUACGAACGAUUUUUGUCUGCAGAAAUCAAUGGCUAUGCAGCAACUACAAUAAAACGGCAUUAGCUUGUGUAAAUUGUGAAUUAACAAAAAGACAAAAAGACAUAGACAUGUCAAAAGCUAAACAUACCGUGAUUUUUCUAUACCUUAUAAUCGGAAGCAAAAUCAAUUUGAGUAAUUUAGCCAAUUCUCCACUAUUAUUGACUACUUUCAGUAAUGCUUUUUUAUAGUUAAAGUUAACGGUGAAUAGAUAUGCUUUUACUCUUUACUCGCACAGUGGGUUAAUAAGCUGUCAUUCCUUAUGAUGUCCCAAGUACUCAUAAAAGAGAAUAUAGCGUACAAAGAAAUAACCAUUCCUUGAGAGCACCGAAAGGUAACUUGUUGUACUGCUAUCGCAGAUAUCUUGAACGCGACUCUUCUGAGAAUUCGCAAAAAUUUAUCAAUCUUGCAUGCAUCUUCCGGGAACCGGAAACAACCGAAAUUUGCAGUAUGAUAUGUUACAAUAGAAAAGAUUAUAGUUUCUUGAGGGUGUGCUGAUUAGAGCAUCUAUCUGGCUCUCGUAUUAUAUGUUAUGCCCAUUAGUUCGACAUUCAACAUUCAUUGAUUAGAGAUGGGUGGGUAUGGGUUAUUUGUACCCGGAUCCAACCUGAACGCAAACAUUAUUUUUGUAAGUUUACCCGAACGCGACCCGCACCCGUAUUUUUAAAAAAUGCAAAGCUCCAACCCGACCCGUACCUGGUAGAGAUGGUCGGGUUUCAAUUUUUUCGAACCCAAACCCGACCCGAACCCGCGAGCAUGAAUAUUUUAAAACCCGAACCCGACCCGAGCCCGAAAUUAUAAAAUUUGAAAAACUCGAAUCCGACCCGAACCCAAAAAUUUUAAAACUUAGAAACCCGAUCCCGACCCGUACCCGAGAAUGAACAUUUUGUAAAACCCGAACCUGACCCGACUAGAGAAUUUUAAAAUUUGAAAACUCGAACCCGACCCUAACCCGAAAAUUUAAAAUUUGAGAAGGCCGAUCCAAAUCCAACUUGCUAAUACGGAGAAUCAACCAAAGAUCUCGAAGAUUUUUAAUUCUAGGCAUCCGAGCUGGACUCUAGGCUCAUCUAAGAGUAGUAGAAUAACUCGAAUCUGAAGUAGCACCAUACGCAUUGAGUUAUAUCUUCAUAUGGAAAAACAAAUCACAACAGUAGAAUCCGCAUUCAUAGUUACUAUUAUUGAACGUCGAAUUUGUAAUGUUCUGAGAAACUUAUAAAUCGUCGAUAUCUUAACCGGAAAAUUAGUUAAAUCGGCGGCUAACUCAUGGGGAAACAGAAAGCUUAAUGGUCACAGUUUUUUUUAUCAGAAACCAUUCCUGCAAGGCAGUUUCGUAUAAUUUAUUACAUGUAUUAAAUUAAGCUAUGGUAAUUGGCAAUUCGUAUUCGACAGUUUACAUGAUGUUACCCACGUUACUGGUUGGUACGGUCAAACCUGUAUCGAAUCAAUCAAGAUUUUCUGACGUGUUCUUGAUUUCCCAUCAUUAGCGUUAGGACGAUCUAUGAUGGCGUAUCUAAGUUAUUUUAUGCUACAGAUUAUGCGGUAAGCGCGCCAAUAGAAAUGCUUCGACAUCUCCAAUGAAGCUUUCGGAACGACUCCAAACUUUUAAAAAUCCGUUAAUGGCUUCAACAGAACACACCAAAUUUCUGCGAUCAAUUCCUUAAGUUCGUGGAAAUUCAUGUAUUUUCAUGAAGGAAUCUGGAUCAUGCAACAGCUCAGCCCGGGAACAAGCUGACAGAAAGUGCUUGUUUCAUAUACGUGCCACUGAUUUGAUAGUGGUGCUAUUAUACCAUCACCAUUUGAGUGACAUGAACAACGAAACCUGGCGGAAGUGAAGCUAUGUUUAGGUCUGAUGGAACAAAGACAGUCUCUAGAAAAUAAAUUUGGCCUAACUAUAAAAAAUUUGGCCUAACUAUAAAAAAAUAAUGUACCCUUUUUUAAAAAAAAUGUACCCUUUUUUGAGCCGCCAUAUUGACACCAAAGUACCACCAAAUUCGUGAAUUCGAAUCUUUAUUUUUCCGUUACAGUUUAUUUUAAUUGCAAGCAAUCUUUAUCCUAAACCAAUUUGAUUAUUAAACUUCCGUUAAAGCAGGUACAACCUAUUUGUUUCAUUUGACCAGCUUAACAGUGCUCGCUUAAAGUUUGUUUUGGGGUACAAGUGUACCCCACAAAACCGUUUGUGUUAGUGUUUUGUCAUGUGUACAUAAUUCAAAAAAAAUAUUGUAUCUUUUUUUAAAAGCAAAAUAUCGAUACAUAGUAAGCGAGAAACUUGUGUAAAUUGUAUAAGUUCCAACUCUGCCGAAUAAUAGUAUCUGUUAUUUGAUAUAACAAAGCACUAUAACAAAGUAACUAGAAAAUGCGCUUGGAUCGGCAUCGUAAUUUUUGCUUAUGCGCAUGAAAGAGGCAAAACACAUGAUGGGCCCAUAUUAUUGGCUCGAAUCAAAACUCGUCGAAAUGUCAAUUGACGAUAGGUUCAUCCGGAGUUCAUUUGUGUUACAUUUUGCAAGCGUUGCCAAUUUUAUUUUAUUUCCACCACCCAAUGUGGCUACGCCACAUCGCUUUUGCGCGUGCUGUACUAAACUAGAGAUGGCCCCUAUGUUUGAGUAAGCCGGGCAAACGAGUGAAUCACAGGUUCGCUUGCUUCCGACGGCGGGUCGGUGACCACCUCGCCCGUCGGAUCCUCAGCGGCUUUGCGCCUCUUCGGUUCCUAGGCCUCGGUUAUGCGGCUAAGCCGCAUCGAAACUAUACCUACUCCUUAAACAGAGGUUCCUGAAGGGUAUCGGAUGGUUACCGGCACCCAGUAAAGUUCAACCGUAAAUGAGCCGGAAUUCUAGCUGAUUCUAAUUCGUUUUCUGGCACCAGUAACACAACCGAUUCUAACUUUAAUCGGUUGUGUCACUGGAGCCGGAAUACGAAUUAGAACCAGCCAGCAUUCGGGCUGAGCUUAGCUGGGAAGUUUCCUAAAAAUUAAUCUGGGAAAUACAAAUUUUCUGGCAACGCUCCAGCACCUCGUUGAAUUCUAAUGAUUUCACCACCUGGGCGCCAGUUUGACGAUAUGAAAUGAACUUUGUUUACUUUCGACAAGUUUUGAUUCGAGCCAACAACAUCCAGCCUUUGUAUAUAGUACCCAGUUAAACUCAGCCGGAAAUGAACCGGAAUUCUGGCUGGUUCCAGUUCGUAUUCCGGCUCUAGUGACACA